AUGCUGACGUUCGAAGGCGAGCAGUUCCAAGGCGCAGAUGCAAUUUGCCAAAAGAUUGUCAGCUUGCCCUUCCAGAAGGUGCAGCACCAGAUUGUAAAGUGCGACUGUCAGCCCUCGGCGAAUGAUGGUGUAGUGAUCUUUAUCACUGGGAAUCUCUUGGUAGACGACAACGCGAAUCCACUGAAGUUUGCGCAGGUCUUCCAGCUCAUGAAGGGCCCCACCGGGAACUACUAUUGCCACAAUGAUAUGUUCCGGCUGAACAUCGGCUGA